AUGGACUACUCUGUGGUUUCAAGCGACGCCGAUGCCCUUCAUGGGGCUUCCCCCUGGGGCUCUUCUUCACCGCGAAUAGAUCGAGGUUUUCCUACGCCGGCGGCCGGGUCACCAGACUCACCCGCUCCAGUCCGGGGACAUUCUUACAAUCAGUCGCAAGAUAGUAUCCCAGGAACUCCUUAUCUCUCCCAACCUGCCGAUUCCGAGCCGGCGCAGGCAACGGAUGCUCCACAAACCCAACAAGGCCCUGAGUCACCCGAGGAGUCGCAGUCUGUCCAAAACACCCAACAGGAUACCCAGGCACCUGCAGCUGGUCAACCUCCACACCGGCCAGGCGCGGCCAGGUAUCAUAACACGAAACAGCAGAGGCCUGUACCGCAGUACAAGCUGCAACCCAAAGUAACCGCCUUGGAGAGGACAGGCCGCAAAGACCCGGUCAUUAGGUUUGAUAUCUAUACAAAUCUCCCUAAGUUCCGAACCACUCAAUUCCGAGACGUCCGUCGAACGCAUUCCGAGUUCGUCAAGCUUGCGGAUCAUCUGAUCUCAUCUAACCCAGAAGCACUUGUUCCUGCUGUUCCUCCCAGCAUCACGUCCGCUGGCGCAGGGACCGAUGAAGAUGAAGCCAGGGUCAAGGCAUCCAUACAGAGAUGGUUAAACGUUGUCUGCAGCAACGACGUUCUUAUGCGUGAUGAAGAGAUGGUCUUCUUCGUGGAGAGCGAUUUUGGGUACUCGCCGGUGGUGAGAAUGAAGCAACCUGCUACAGGCGUGAGACGGAAAGUAUUGAAGCAGUUCGCGCCCCCUCCGGAUGAUACGCCUGAGCUGCAGCAAGCUCGACCAAUAGUCAAGAUGUUCUAUCUGGGCACGUUGGACACUAGCCAGAAGCUGGAAAAGCUCGUCAAGGCCAGAAGAGCACUUGGUCUCGGAGAGUCUUCCCUAGGUGAGAAAUUAGGACAAAUGCAUGUCCAAGAGACGCACCCGGGUCUAGCUACAGCCUACCGCAAACUCGGACGGAUUAUUCAGACGUGUGGUGAUUAUCAUGCGGCGCAGGGAACUGCUGAAGCUACCACGCUAGGCGACGCUCUUGCUUACCACUCCUCUGAUGCAUUCAUCGUGAAAGAGACUUUGACGAAUAGACACAUCUUGCUGCGAGAACUGCUGCAAACCGAGGCAUCGCGGCGCAGUAAAGAGAAUGCAGUUCAGCGAUUGAAGAGCAGCUCGAAUGUUCGUCGGGAUAAGGUUGAUGAAGCAAUCUCUGCGCUUGACGAAGCUGUCAGUCAGGAGAACUAUCUACGGGCCAAGACGCAGCGUGUAACCGCGAACCUAUUGCUUGAGAAGCGUAGGUGGUUUGAGCGCACCUCAAACGAGUUCCUGUUCUCCCUGCGGGAAUAUGUUCUACGCCAGAUCGAGGCUGAACGCCGAACACUGGCAACACUGGAGUCAGUCCGGCCAGAUGUCCGUGCCAUUGACGCAUCGGGCGGAUUAAGCAGACUCGGGCGAGAAAAUCAUCCUACAAUCCGUAGAGUCAGUCUGGCAAGCAGCCAGAGCUCUAAAGGUGACGCCUGGAGCGGGGUUCCAAGGAGCAGGGAUUCUUUGACUCGCAGCAUGAGUGGGAGCUUUGGGGCAGGUGGUAUCCCUGAGGUGGAUGACAAAGGUACCGACGGAGACGGGCCCCUGCGUGGUCGACCGCGAAGUGCAACGGGGAGCGCAAGUUUAGAGCGGGUGCAAGAGGAUGAAGGUGAUGACCGUGUCGAUGCUAGGAACGCGGCGAGUCGGUUGGCCCAAAGCACGUUCUAG